AUGGCCAUCCUUGAGGACGUCCCCGGCCUCGAGGUCACAGUGCGCGUCGCCGGCGCCGACCUGCCAGAGCACGACGACCCGCACGGCCAGGAGAUCGAGAGCGCCGCCGCCAACAGCGCCCCUGCCGUCUGCAAGUACCUCGAGUGCGCCGACGACGCCGAGUUUCAUGUGCACAUCCGGGUCCAUCCCGACUACGAGUGGGGCUACCGCAACCACUCGCUGGUCGCGCGCACUUACGUCGACGGCAAGCGCAUCCGCGGCGAGGUCAUGCGCGCUGUCGACACGCAGUACGUGCCCGCCGUUCGCAACGUCUUGGGUCAGGAGGUCUACUCGAAUCUGAGUGGGCUCUGGAGCUUGCGGCGGUUCAAGUUCGCCGUUGUCGAUACCGUUGAUGAAGCCCAGAAGGAGCGCGUGGCAAGUGACCUCAAGAUCGCCAAGGACCUUGGUGUCAUCGAGGUCCGCUUCUCUCGCAUCAUCGAGUUUGGGCCUAGUCAACACUACUCGACGAAUGACCCGAAGUCUGGCGGCUUCGAGCUGACCGAGAAGUCGCUGAAAGGAAAAGCCAUCUCGCAUGGGACCUCGUACACGGCAGCCGAGAGAGUCUCACACCCCAACUUCAUUGACGCCCGUGACCUCGUUGAAGAUGCCGGCCCCAUCGCCGUCUUCAGAUUUCUGUACCGGUCCAGAGAGGCGCUGAAGCGCGAGAUCAUUAUUCCUCGCAGUCCGACAAGGUCCCCGACACUUGAGACCCUGUCACCAGCAGAACGCGACAGAUUGGCCCGUGAGCGCCUAGACCAGCUUCGCAACAAGGUCAAGAAUGAACCAGGCCGCAGCUCGUUCAUCAAACGCGAGUACGGCGAGGUGUUUGAUCUGACGGACGAUGCCACACCCCUGCGGCCCGCGAAGCUAUCACGGCUUCAAUCUGGUCGUGAAGUCAUUGACUUGACGGACGACUAG